GAAGGGCAAGUGGGAGGUGGGAUAGACGGUUGGUUGAGGUGACAACUCUGAGAGGAGAAAAAAAAAGCGCCUGACUCCCAAAGUUCCCGCCUACAGUGACUCCUGAAUUGCGUUGUGGACUUUGAUUGGGUUUAGAAGUGUCAGGAUGUAAUUGUAUGUGAGUGACUGACAAAGAUUGGAGCUGUCGCCAUAGGAGUGGUUUGCAUCGCCAGGAGUUUCGUUUUCUGUUGAAACGACUCGGUUGCGGGCAAGAACGGAAUUUCCUUUUCAAAGUGAAUGGUGUUUACGUGGACUAAUGAUUAACUAAUAUGGCCUGUAGAAGCGAAGGAACUCAAGAACAGCUUCUGUCUUCCAUCAUUUCAGCUAUGAAUUCUCAUAAGUCUCCAGCAUGUGCCAGUCAAGUUCAUAGAAUAUGUAUGGUGUCUGACUUUUUUUACCCAAACAUGGGUGGAGUGGAAAGCCAUAUUUACCAGUUGUCGCAGUGCCUAAUUGAAAGAGGACACAAAGUUAUUGUAGUCACUCAUGCUUAUUAUGAUCGAAAAGGCAUUCGAUACCUCACCAAUGGACUAAAAGUCUACUAUUUACCGUUAAGAGUAAUGUACAACCAAUCUACAGCCACUACUCUUUUUCACAGUCUGCCUCUGCUCAGGUACAUAUUUAUUCGAGAAAGAAUCACAAUUGUCCAUGCACAUAGUUCAUUUUCUUCUAUGGCUCAUGAUGCACUGUUUCAUGCUAAGACAAUGCAGCUACGGACAAUUUUUACAGAUCAUUCACUUUUUGGAUUUGCUGAUGUCAGUUCGGUGCUUACAAAUAAACUCUUGACUGUAUCACUAUGUGAUACAAACCACAUAAUAUGUGUUUCUUACACAAGCAAAGAGAAUACUGUAUUAAGAGCAGCACUUAAUCCAGAAAUAGUUUCUGUCAUCCCUAAUGCUGUUGAUCCUACUGACUUCACUCCAGAUGCAUCUAAACGUGACAACAAUACAAUAACUAUUGUUGUGGUUAGCAGACUUGUAUAUAGAAAAGGUAUUGAUUUACUUAGUGGUAUAAUUCCUGAGCUAUGUCAGAAGUAUCCAGAUUUACAUUUCUUAGUUGGAGGAGAAGGACCAAAAAGAAUUGUAUUAGAAGAAGUGCGGGAAAGAUAUCAACUACAUGAGAGAGUUCGUCUUCUAGGAGCUUUAGAACACCAGGAAGUUAGAAAUGUCUUGGUUCAAGGUCAUAUUUUUCUUAACACCUCUCUCACAGAAGCAUUUUGUAUGGCAAUUGUGGAAGCUGCCAGUUGUGGUUUACAGGUGGUCAGUACAAGAGUUGGUGGGAUUCCUGAAGUACUUCCAGAUGAUUUUAUAAUUUUGUGUGAACCUUCAGUGAAAUCCCUCUGUAGUGGAUUGGAAAAGGCUAUUAGCCAACUGAAGUCAGGAUCAUUAUUGUCUCCAGAAAUUAUGCAUGACAAAGUUAGAACAUUCUACACUUGGAGAAAUGUUGCAAAAAGAACUGAAAAAGUAUACAACAGAGUGGCAAAGGAAACUGUAUUGCCAAUGGGCAAACGACUUGAGAGACUUAUCACUCAUUGUGGCCCAGUGACUGGUUGCAUUUUUGCUCUUUUUGCUAUGCUCAGCUUUCUUUUACUGAUGUUUCUGAAAUGGCUGAUACCAGAUGAUUUUAUUGAUACUGCAAUAGAUGCCACGGGCCUAAAUGGAGCAUGGACUAGAAAAUAUUUCCACAAUAAAAAUAAAAAAGAAAACAUUAUAAACUCCUAAAGGUGCUAAAAGUGAAAAAAGUUUAUUCCCUUACUUUUUUUUUCAGUACUAUGCAUUUUGCUGUUAAAUUUACAUUUAUCAAGCAAAACUGCUUAUGUCAUUGGACAGCUUUCAGUAAUGAAUGGAAAGAAACUAAAACGAAGUUCUACCUCAGCAUAAAUCUGAAUUGGUUUAGGAAAGACAUUUUCCAAAGAUAUGCUGUGAAAUCUGUUUACAUUUAUUUCAGCUUGAAAUAUCUUAAUAUUAAUGAAAGAGAUCAUCUGAGGAAAUAAAGGGAAAAUAGGUGAGUAGGUAGAUAUUUUGUCUAUUUUAGAGUUUUUUUCUGUUUUUCUCUUGCACCAUCAUAAUAUGCUUAAAAAUUAUAUGGAAAAAUAACUGUAUAUGUUCUGAUCCAGUAUAAUACAACAAAAACCCUGACCUUUUAAGUAUAGAUCCCUGCUUGUUGAGAUGUGUGAUCAAUUCAGUAUGUUGAUAUGAUCAACUAAAAUUGAGAAAUGCACAAUUUGUGAAAUUGGAAGAAUAUUCUUUUUGUUUAGGCAUCUACGGGUAAUCAUCAAGUUAUGACAGUUCACUUAGAGACCUUUUGAAGUGUCUUCAUAAUCCCCCCAAGUACUUAUGAAACAGUCCUGAAGUUACAAAUGUUGCAGCACCUUUACAAAUGACUGCAGAGGCAUUGUAAUAUUCGCCCUGUCUAUCCCCCACCCCACCCCCCGGACCGGGUCUCCACAGUUACUGGACCUGUGGAUACUCACCUUGCAAAGAUCUAGUAAGCCUUUGGUUUCUUGGCUUGCUUUGGUGCUUCAGGCCUUCAGUGCAUUCACAGAGAAUGGAAGCCUAAAGUACCGAAGCCUUCCUUCCGUUUACAAAGCCUUUUGCCUUUGCAAAAAACAUUUGCCACCAAAAACAGUCCAGGAGGGGCACACACAUCCCUCCAGGCCUCCAUUUACAACUGCAAAGGCCUUUCUUCAAGGCCUUUGCCACCGAGAAUGGAGCCCCUCCCAGCCUUUGUUCUCAGCAGCAAAGGCUUUUUGCAAAGAUGAUGGAGCCUACAGGGACACAAUCUCUCAUCCCUGCAGGCUUUGGCAAGCCUUUGCUCAAGGCAAAACCGCAAUGGAGAGGCUAGAGAGGAGAUAGCUUCCUUGAUCAUCGAGAUAUAGGUAAGGUAAAUGACCCGGUUGGGCAGGAAGUAUGAGAUAUCUCCGUGGGUCAGGGCAGGCGUUGUGUGGUCAGAAACACUAGGCCCCCCCAUGGCCUUCCCACCCAAGAUACCUCGUUCCCCACCAACAUAGGUUCCAUUACAUUUGUAACCCGAUUAAACAUUUUAAUAGUUUGAAAACAAGUAUAAUUGACAUAUUCUGAAUUCUUCUCUGCCAAUACUUUUGAAGCUUUCAGAAGGUUCCAAGGUCUUCCAAGACCCAAGAGUAGGUCUUUUGAAUCUACUUUUAUAACUCAUUUGAGACAAUGAAAAAACUCUUUUUACAUUUAUAAGGCUCAGCAUUGUGUUCAUUUUUCUUUUCUUCUACUUCUAUUUUUAAAUAAAAUUAAAAUACCUUUAAAAUAAAAAUUCUCUUAUAGGUAUUAAAACUCAUUCCAAUCAAUACUUCCAUGACAAGAUUGCCAUAUUUAAAGUAAAAACAGGUGCUUCAGUCUUUUCUUAUGUGUGACGUUUGUCUGAACAAUUCUGUUUAUACUAUUAUAUUUCUACUAUUUCAAGCACCAGAAAACAUGAAAAUUACCCUAUCGUAAUUAUUUUGAGAAGGAAAAAUCACCCACACUGUAUUAAAGCACUGAUGAAGUAUGUAUAACUAAGAUUUCUUUUUUUAUUUUCGUUAUUGUAAAAAAAAAGAGAAGUUAAACACUCCCAUUUUGUAAAUGAGAGAGUAAUCUUUUUAGUUGAAAUUUAUAAAGAUCUAAAAAUAUUUUGAGGAAGAAAAUCUAGGAAAAAUACAGUUUUCCAACACAAACUUGCCAAUGCCAGUAGAGUAUGCAGAUAACAUAAAUACGAUAGACAUGCAGUAGAAUUUGUGUCAAUAUUCUUGGACUUCCAACUAAACUACUGCAAGUAAACUUAACUGACACCAUCUUUGGAAGAAUAUUAAUCAUAAACCUGAACUAUUUGACAAUUUAUUUGGCAUAAUGUUAGUUUUAAAAAGAAGACUAACUUAGACAAGUAAUUUGGAUUGUUACUUCAUAAAUUGGCAAAUGCAAUGUCAGCCCUUUGCCAUUUACCUAGGAUUUAUAUUUCAAUAUUUUUCAGAAAAUUUCUAAGCACUCUUCUAUAAGUUCAAUGUUACUAUGGUCUCUAUAUCAGUCUUCUGUGUCUUCAGUUAAUUUCUUUUCUUAAGAGAACAAUAUCUGUAGAGUAGGAAUUUUUACAGCUUCUUAUACCUAUUCUUCCAUUGGCUUAGCCCCAAUAUUAUAGAAAUAGAUUUAUUCUUGUGCAAUAUGACUUUACUCUGCAGAUUUAUUUAACCCUGUGGAAUAAUCUAUAUAAAGGGCUGCAAGAGAAGGACCAAUUAGAUUUGUUAAAGGUGCGUGUUCUUUUGGAAGAAGAAUACUACUUCAAAGUCUAUCCUAUAAAUUGUAUAUUUGAUGAUACUUUGGAACUUUUCUUGAAGGUUUAAAUAUCAUAGCCUUACUCUGUUAAGUGAUUUGCAUUUCUCUACUUAUGAUAUAUCUCUUGCAUCAUACAUAAAUAAUUUUUUUGGUCUGCCACUGCAUAUGAGCAACUCCUAAUCCUGUAGAUGAUAGAACUAACUAAAAUUAUGUUAUAUUUGAUAGUAAGAAAAACAUUUAUAUGUUAAAAAUAAUGUUGACUGUAUGCUUUGAUUUGGUACGUGUUUCACAAUAAAUAGUAGUUCUUAAUGUUC